AAAGCAACACGAGCUUUGACAGCUCGACGUGCCAACAUGGCGGCUGGCAGCUAACGCAGACACCUCCUCCUCCGUCUUUAUCGUUAUCUUUGUCAGCAGUGAAGAGAUCAGCGGGCCCGGGGAGGAUUCACGGAGAGGGCCGGUGAGCGGAUGUCUGUCCCGGUCUCUGUCUCGCUGCUGUCCGGUACGUGACGCCGGCUUUUUUUCUGAACCGACAACAACAACAACAGGAGGAGCGGAGGGUGGGCUGGUUCAGCGGGGCUUCUUCACCUGUCGACCGGUAUGUCUCUCAGGUAAUCUAAGGAAUCUCAGAUAACCUGCUGAUGAUGUCAUCACCGAUGGCAGCAAAGCCAUCCACUGCCUCUGCCUCCCAACUUCGUCCCUCCACAGCUCUGGACUCACUGUCCGUGUCUUCCCUCUUAAGCGGGGAUCUGGACGAUGAAGAAGAUGGAGGAAGUCGAGGCGGUGAGGAUGAAGGACUGGGAGACCUGGAGGUGAACCCUUAUGAUGGUUUGCCCUUUUCUUCGCGAUACUAUGCCCUGCUGGAGGAGAGGCAGCGUUUUCCAGUGUGGCGACUCAGGCAGAGUCUGCUGGAGCACCUCGAGAGCCACAACAUGGUCCUACUGAGCGCGCCCAGUGGGUCUGGCAAAAGCACACAGGUUCCUCAGUGGUGCGUGGAGUAUGCGCUCUCCUACGAGUUCUCUCAUGGCCUCGUGUGCUGCUCGCAGCCUCACUCGGUGGCGGCGGUGAGUCUGGCCCUGCGCGUGGCCGAUGAGAUGGACCUCAGCCUGGGUCUGGAGGUCGGCUACAGAGUGCCCAACGAUGAUGGCUGCACGCCUGACACCAUGCUCAGGUUUGUCAGCGACACGCUACUGCUGGAGGAAAUGAUGUCAGACCCCCUGCUGCAUCAGUACGGCGCCGUGGUCUUGGACGAGCUCCAGGAGCGCACAGUGCCCACAGACGUGCUGCUUGGCCUGCUGUGUGACGUCUGCCGCCAAAGGCCAGACAACUUCCGAGUGGUCCUCCUCACUCACCCCACUCUCGCCCCUCGGCUUGCCACCUUCCUGGGACCCUCUGUCCCUCACCUCUCCUUGGACAACCUCCCCUCAGAGCCUGCUAAUGGAGACCAGGAGGAGGAGGAGGAAGAGGGUGGAGCAGUGGAAAGGAAGGCUGUGAACGUGGAGGUGGAGACACUGUACAGGGAGCUUUCGGCGGGGAAGGAACCCACCGCCGUUGCCUGUCACAUGGUGCUGGAUCUGCACCGGAGAGGAGAGGAAGGAGACGUGAUGGUGUUUCUGGCCAGUGCACAGGAAAUAGAAGAGUGCGCCACCCUGCUGGAGAAGGAGUGUGUAGCUUUGAGUCCUCAGCUCGGCGCUCUGCGACUCCUCCCCCUCCAUGCCGGACUGGGUGGGCUUACCCAGCGGAUCUACGAGUCCGACCCUGAUGCGUCCACUCUGAGGGAGGACGGCAGCUCUGAGGACAACUCGGCACUGGGAGCUGGAGGUGUGGGCAUAAAAAGGAAAGUCAUUCUCACCGAUGCACUUGCAGAGGCGUCCUUCUCACUGCCCGGAAUUCGCUACGUCAUCGACAUGGGGCUCCAACUAAAAAAUGUUUAUAAUCCACAAAUAAGAGCAAACUCUCAGGUUCUGAGGACGAUCAGCAAACACCAGGCCGACAUGCGCACUCAGAGGGUGAACAGCCACCUUCCAGGCCUGUGCCUCCGUCUGUACUCCCAGUCCCUGUAUGAAGAGGGGAUGGCGGAGGCUCACUGUCCAGGUGUGAUGGAGGAGAACCUCAGCCACCUGGUGCUGCUGCUGAAGAGGCUGGAUAUUGCCGACAUGGGGCAGUGCAAGUUCCUGGACAGACCAGCCCCUGAGGCCCUGAUGCAGGCCCUGGAGGACCUGGACUAUCUGGCAGCGCUGGACGACGACGGAAACCUGUCGGAGGUUGGCAUCAUAAUGUCAGAGCUGCCCUUGGAGCCGUCGCUGGCGAAAGCCCUGAUCGCCGCCUGCGAGUACGACUGUGUCGACGAGCUGCUCACAAUAGCCGCGAUGCUCACGGCUCCUUCCUGCUUCGUCACUGCAGAGCCCAGCAGAGAGGAGGCUGCCGUCACACACUGGAGGCCUCUGAUGCACACAGAGGGAGAUCACAUGACUCUCAUCAAUAUAUAUAAUGCCUUCUUGGAGCACAAUCAGGAUGAGGCCUGGUGCACGACAAACUUCCUCUGUCACGCCGCCCUGCGAUUGGCUGUGGUGAUUAGGGCGCAGCUGCUGGAGGUGAUGCAGCGGAUAGAGCUUCCUGUUUCUCCUCCCACUUUCGGAUGCCAAGACAACUGCACGAACAUCAAGCGGGCUCUCAUCUCAGGCUUCUUCCUCAAAGUGGCUCACGAUGUGGACGGCUCCGGUAACUACCUCCUGCUAACUCACCGCCACGUGGCUCACCUUCACCCCUUCUCCUCUUACCUGUGUCGACAGCCGCGGCCCGACCCCCCCAGCUGGGUCCUUUAUCACGAGUUCACCAUCUCCCGCGACAACUGCAUUCGCAUCGCCUCUGACGUCCACCCACAGAUGCUUGUGGAGCUGGCGCCACAGUACUUCCUUGGAAACCUGCCUUCGAGUGACGGGAAGGAGCUGCUGAUGGAGCUGCGGCAGAGCCUAGAGCCGCCAGGGCUGUACGAUCAGGAGGGGAAGGCGCAGGAGCACGGCCAGAGUCCUAGAGACGCUGAGGGGGGGCAGGAGCCUCACAAUCAGCCCAGCACUGAGCUCUGCGUCAUCCAAUGAGAAGGGAGAAGGGGCGGAGCUUCUCAGGAGAGGAUUCUGAAGACUUGGCGGUCUUCUUGAUGUGACUUUACACGUGCAACACUAAUGUACAGUCCUGUGUGUCUCCUCCUCUGUGUGGCGGCUAUGAACAUUCACACCUCCUCAUUUCCUCCUCCUUUUUUUUUUUUGUUGACUUUAUUUAAAAAUGAAUCUCAAACAUUUGCUUUUAUUUAAAAAGAGAUUUCUAUGUUUCUAUGAAUUUAGAGUUUUAAAUUAAAGACAAAAAAGGAAGGAGUGAUGAGGGUGAAAUACCGGAAGCAAUACUCCCUGUUAGUGUACGACCUUUGACCUCUAUGCAGACGCCCAUGAAGAGGUGCUUCUCAGGGCUCACUGUGAUCUGUCGUGAUGCUGAUGCUUUCCAGCUGUUUUGAUACCGUUUUCUUGCUCAGUCUUUUCCCUUUUUAAUAGAAUUUGUGUCGGUGCAAAAACUGCUUUGAAUAAAGUGAAGUUUUUCAUGUUUUCAGGAUUUCAGCUGAGUGAUUUUGCACUUUGUAGCUACCUGAGUUUUAACUUUUAAAGUCGCUUUACUGUAAGAUUUAAAACUGAGUUAUUAAAGAGAAUUUCCUCCUC